UAUUCAGCAGUUGUAAGUUGUUGUAAGUUUACAGCUACCGAUAGCUGGGAACAGCCUCAAAUUGGCGAAAUCGGCUAGGGUAUCAGCCAAAUGGAUGGGUCAAGAGCUCAGAUACGGAUGCAUCCAAACUCCGUGUGAACUGCGAACGAACUACUGGUCGAGGGUGAUACAAUGCGAGCACAUCCAGAACGUAAUUGAAAAGACUGACAUCAGAUAUACAGUGGCCAGUGGAGCUUUGGACUCUCCAGCUGGUCCAAUCGAAGCCUCGCAGCUCCUCCAGCUAAUACGAUCCGGAGGAAUAGACAGUAAAUUUGAGUGAGAGUGGGAAUUGAAGGCGUCGCCAGCAUGGAAAUACCCAUUUCAAACAUUCUGCUGCUCUGCCUGAUCUUUCUGCUGAUCGGCGGUGUGGUGAUGAUCCUGCUGCAGUACCUCAUCUUCAUCAAGUUCUCGAAUCUGCCCGACGAAAGCGAGGAGCAGAAGCAGGCGAAUGCUAAAUACACCCUACCAUUGAACAUCAAGCAGACGGCCAGGAACCUGAAGAGGCUAUCCAAUUCCGGACUGGGAGGUGGCGCUGGCAAUGGAUGCGAGAACCAGCAGGAGAGCCUCCGGCGGGCCUCCGCCCUGGUCUCCCUCAACUUUGUCAUGCAGUUUCUCUUCCACGAGUUCAAGAACUCCAAUCGGGUGCGGAAAUGGUUCUAUCGCAAGCUGUCCAUCGAGCUGGACGAACUGAUUUCGAAAACUACCACCGGAAAACUGCUGGACAAGCUCACGAUUAAAGAGCUCGAGUUGGGCGACCAGUUUCCAGACGUCAAGUCCCUAUCGGUGCACAACGUGGAACUGGAUAAGGAUGAGCAGCGCAUCGAGAACCUCGACCUUCUGCUGGACAUCAACUACGUUGGCAAUUUCACAACUUCCAUUGACGCGGACAUGGUGCUGGGCAAGAAGGGAUCGAUAACGCUUAGGGUCAAACAGCUUUCGGGAAUGGCGCGUCUGCAGUUCACGAGAAAGCCCUACACGCAUUGGUCAAUUAGUUUCCUGGGCGAUCCGGAGUUGAUCCUGGACAUCGAGUCGAAGUACCAGGGCCGCCAGAUGCAGUCGAACAUAACCAACCUGAUCUCGAACCAGAUCCGGAAGGCGGUGCGCCGGAAACACACGCUACCCAACUACAAACUGCGCUACAAGCCCUUCUUCCACUGGACGGCGGAGGAGGACGCGGGCGACUGUGACAUUCAGCCGAAUGGCCUGCUCACCGUUAAGCUGGCGGAGCUGUCCCGGUUGAUGGGCUACCCGGGUGCCAGUGAGACGUACUGCACCAUCACGCUGGCGCCGGUGCCCUUUAUCGAGGCCAGUCAGCGGGACAGCCGGAAUGUGCUAAUCUCGCUGGACGUGUUCAUUCACAAGGCGAAGAACCAGCAGAUUGGAAUUGUCUUUAAGCAGAGCGGCAGCCAGGUGGUGCGAAUCGAGUCCGUGCUCCCGAAUACACCGGCCUGCAAGUCCAACCUGCUGGCCGGCGACGUCCUGGUGGCCAUCGAGGGCAGGCCGGUGACCACCAUUCAGCAGAUCGCCAAGGUGGUCAAGACGCUGCAGGCCACUGUCUUUAGUCUGCGCAUCGAGCGCAUUAUUCCUGGAAUUAUUCGCAACGAUGCCAUACUGGAGGACUUCGAAAAGUACGAGGAUAUCGGCGAUCUGCCAAGUUCGUAUCCCUGCCAGCCGAAGUUGGAAACGGAUGAGCCUGCAACCGCUGAUCCGACACCCAAGCACCUGGUGGUGAAGCCCAGCUUGAGCGGAACACCAACCAAUUCCCCCAAGAAGUCCAACCUCAUUGCCAAGGCUAUCAAGAAGACAAUGAGUCGGGAAAGCGGGGAUAAGGAUCGGGACAAGGAUAAGGAUAAAGACAAAGAUAAAGACAAGGACAAAGAUAAAGACAAGGAUAAGGACAAGGACAAGGACAAGGAUAAGGAUAAGGAAAAAGGCAAGGAGGAGGUGGAGGAGCCGGUCAACUACUUCUACCAGCACUCCACCAUCGACUGUCCGUUUAGUCCACUUAUCCACAUGGAAGACGUGUGCAGCUUCCAGUUGGACAAUUCCAGUCGCUUCCUCAACGUCUGCGUCUUUGGCAAAUCCGCCGGCGAGAGUGUGCUUCUGGGGUACAACAAUGUCCAGAUCGGUCAGAUCCUGGUCGAGUGCUCCGAAACCAGUCUGAAUCAGUGCCUCAAGCAGAUCAGUCUCAAUCCGGCAUCACUGCAGGCUGUAAAGACGCAUCCGCUGUCCAAUCAGUCCGGCUUCAAUCCGAACCUCUGCUUUGGCGACAUUCUGUUUGGUUUCUCCUGGAUGGGCAAUCCCAAUUUGACGGUGGGUGAUGUUCCCAUCAAAAGCACAUCAAAGUCCCAGUCUCCGGCCAGAAACCCCUUAUCUGGCGAUCGAGUAGCUUCAGAAGAUCAGUCGCAGUUCCUUAAGCUGACGAGCUCUAUGGCGGACAGCUCCACAUCUGGCGAAUCCUCUAGUGCCACCACAGCCGCUCCAAGGGCACACGACUUUGUGAGAACCCACUUCCAUCGGGCGACACAGUGCGACUUCUGCGGCAAGAAGAUUUGGUUAAAGGACGCCAUGCAGUGCCAGGAGUGCUCCAUGUGCUGCCACAAGAAGUGCAUAGUCAAGUGCCAGAUGGCCACCGUCUGCGGUCCGGUGGACUGUACCGGCUCCAUGCCGGCCACCUCCUCUACUCCUUCGAUGGCCAGCCGACCGGAGUUCACCAUCACACAGGCCGACAAUCCGCAGAUCCUUGAUUCCAGCACCGGUGCGACUCCGUUGGAUGAGACGUCUGCUGCAUCUGGCGGAGAUCAGGGGCAAAUUCAAUCGCCAACGGCCCCUGGCUUGGAUGUACAUCGAUCCAGCCUCACCGGGAUGCUGGCCCAGGGCAUCAAGCGGCAGGCGAGCAACUUGGACAUUCCCGGCAUCGUAUCCUCGCUAACUGGCAGUGGUCAGCAGGUGAACUCCAAGAGCUUGCCUCCCAGUCCACAGCACACGCCAUCGCGAAAAUCGUCGAUUGUGGAAGAGGCGACUCCUGCUCUGCAGCAGAAUCCUUUCGAGAGCGUCACCCAGCACCUGGAGGCCCUGCCCUUGGACUGUCCAGAGCUCAGCUUCGAGCAGGUGAUCGUCAUCACGGAGCCCAUCAUCCGUCACACCCGCAACGAGGAUCUGAUGAAUCUGGCCAAGAGCACCAGCAAACUCCUAUACGUUGCCCUGCCGCCCGAUGAGCGUGUGGCCAAGAUAAACGAGUUGUUAACGAAACUGAAAGUAGCCCUGGAUGCGGAGACCGAGGGCUAUACGCUGAUGAACGAUGCGGAGAAGGCCACCGAAUCCUCGCCCUGGAGAUCGGACAGAUCGGAUGAGCGUGUCCAGGCGCUCAGCAUCAUCAUGCUGUACUUGUGCACGGGUCUGCAGCAUGCCCAGGGUGUGGUGCUGCAGUAGAUGGUCCUGCGAUCCUGGGAUCAUGGACUACAAGGAUCUCCGUGAUCUUCGUAAUGUCAAUGGUUAAAUACUUGUGUAUUCGCGUGAACUCGUACAUAAUCUUAAGUAGUAGACUGGAAAUGUGUUAGUGAACUAAUGGGCAUUUUUAAUUCGUGUUGUGGCAUACUUAACUAGAAGUAUUUCAAUUUUAGCCAUUUGUUUCGAUCAAAAUACGCUUAUUUGUCAGUUUUGAAACCGAUUUGUACAUACAUAAUAUGGGAUUAACCCAAACUUAAUGGAUAUAUCAAUGGCAUCCAUAGAGUUCCAAUUUGUUUUGGCAAAUAAACAUUUUUAACCAAGUUCUAUCACAUUUCGUAUGAUAUUCAAUCUAAUAUUUUAUAGCAAAAUGUUUGUAUAUCGGUAUGUAAUAGAGUACGUAAUGAACGUGUGUGCAAAUUAAA